AUGGCGCAAUCGAUGAGGCUGUUUCUGAUCCGGCAUGGAGAGACAGUCGACAAUGUCGCUGGCCUUUAUGCCGGCGUCAGAGACUCAGAGCUCACCAAUCACGGGUACCAGCAGGCGACUCGCCUGGGCCUAUACUUCAAGACCAACGCGUUGUCCUUCACGCACCUCUUCUCGUCGCACCUCCAGCGCGCGGCCAAAACCGCUGGGAAGAUCCGCGAAGCACAGCUUGCACUGGCCGGAAAUGAUGAUGCAGCGGCGGAUGUGCCAGAAGUGGUGCAGCUCCCGUUGCUCGUAGAGCAGGACUUUGGGUCGAUGGAGGGGAAGAAAUUCCACGAGCGCCCGCCAGAGUCGAAGCUGACCGGCAAGGAACAUCAUCGCCAAGAGAGUAAAGGCACGACGGGCUUCGUGGACGUGGAGUCGAAAGACGACAUGGCCCGGCGCGCUAAUACCUUCCUCGAUGAGCAUCUUCUGCCCCUGAUGGAUGAAACCCCUGGGGCGGAUGAGCAAUGCAUCGCCAUCGUUUCGCAUGGCAUCUUCCUGUCUACACUCUGGAAGCGACUGCUUCAUCGCCUGCCAGCAAAGAGUGUUGUCUUGUGUCCAGAGCUUCAAGCAACUGCACGCCCAUCGCUCGAGCACCUUGGCGGAUGGUCAAACACAGGCUACCUGGAACUGCACAUGGCGCAGUCCGUAGCGGCUGAUGAUGCUCCUCGAACAUCUGAAUCUGCACCUUCAGUUCCGGUCCCUUCAUCUCCAGCCGAGACACCGGCAUGCGAUGAAGCGUUGGGCCAAGUCGAGGUACCACACCACAGCGAUGGUGGCGAUGUUACGCUGAAGGAUGCCGUGGAUACUCCUGCAACCACCGGCGAGCUUUCUACAAAGUCUAGCAUAGACCGCAUCGCACACGGGUGGAAGACUACGAUCUUGGCUAUCAACGCUAAAGAUCACCUGAAGGGUAUGAAGCGCACAGGUGGUGGUGUAGGCAGCUCACGCCACGACGCCUCGCAGAAGAGCAUCGAGACGUUCUUCAAGCGACGGAAGGUCGAAUGA